AAUUUGUACGAUAAUAAAAAAAAUCCCCGCGUUUUGCUCAUUUGAACAAGCGUCAGUUUUCUGCGUAUACUAUGAUUGAAUCAUCCUAGAACAACCACAGUGAUGGGGAAACAGCGACUCUCUCUAGCGUUCAAUGCUUGUACUUCUAUUAUAGUACUAGUCAAAGCCCAUUCCCUGAUAGUGUCACUAGAAACCAGUGCUGUUUCUUCUAAUUUCCAUUCGCAACCGCUUUAUGAGAUAAUAAAAAUAGCAGCUGCAGCUAUUUAAAUGGAUUUACUGAACCAUAGGUAAAAUUAGGAGAACUCUCUUCAUUCAUAAACUUUUACUGUCUUGCUUCGUGUGUGUAGUUUUAAUAGAUAGCAGAUACACUGAGCACAUCAGGCACUUGAAGUUUCAAUAAAUUAGUAUCCAUUUCAUCGGAUUUCACUCAGUACGAUUCCCAACGGAAGCCACAGACAAAAGGGCCAUAAGGGUCGACGAAUCGGUCCAGUUGCUGAAUUUAAUUUUCCGGAGAAAUCCUUUCUUGAACGUUUUUGUUCGUACGCGUGUAAUAGUGAGUGAAGAAUCGUUUUAAAUUCACCUCUAAUGAUUUGUGCAGACGAAAAAACGUUUCGACUGAAUGGUUGCGGAAAUUCUCGCACAAUGCUCCUUCCACUUCUGCUGAUGGUGGUCACGGUGGUGGUGGCAUCCUCGUUGACCACAACAGCAGCCUCUGAAGCUAAACCGCGGUCAAACGCGGUCCUCGAUACUUCUUCACAACCGCUGAAACGCAUUGUUGGAGGAUCUUCCGCUAAAGCCAACCAGUUUCCCUAUCAGGUGGCUCUUCUUCGGCAGGGGACUUUCGCCUGUGGUGGUUCUCUGAUCACCAGCAAGUGGGUUCUCACGGCGGCGCAUUGUGUAAUAAGUGGAUAUCUAGUAGUGCAACCAUCACAGAUGGAAGUGUUAGCUGGCACAGUUAACCUUAACAGCGGUGGAGUGCGUCGCAGCGUUCGCAGGAUCAUCCCUUACGAGAGCUAUGGAUUCCCUCGAAACGAUAUAGCCGUAAUGGAAUUGCAACAAGCAUUCCAAAUGAGUAGCUCAAUUUCAGCGAUUGCUCUGCGCAGGACGGCGGUUCCCAGCGGCAGCACUGUAACAAUAACCGGCUGGGGUCAAUUGCACGCCAACGGACCACUUCCAAACGUACUGCAGUAUAAUCGGGCAAAGGUUGUAUCGAAACUUGCCUGUGCUCGGGAAUAUGGAAUAAACUUUGGAUUAAUUUGCUUGAGUUCUUCAGUCAAUAAUGGCGUUUGCUUUGGUGAUUCUGGUGGUCCAGCAGCUUACAACAAUCAGCUAGUGGGUGUGGCUAGCUUCGUCUCCUAUAUGGGAUGUGGAACAUCAAUUCCGGAUGGUUACGCACAGGUUUCUGAUUUUGUUCAAUGGAUUGAAUCAAAGAUCAAUACGAAAAAAAUGUUUCGACUGAAUGGUUGCGGAAAGUCUCACACGAUGCUCCAACCACUUCUGCUGAUGGUGGUCACGGUGGCGGCAUCCUCGUUGACCAUGACCAUAGUUGCCACCUUAGAAGCUAAACCGCGGUCAAACGCGGUCUUCGACACCUCUUCACCACCGGUGAAUCGCAUUGUUGGAGGAGCUUCCGCCAGUGCCAACCUGUUUCCGUAUCAGGUGGCUCUUUUUCGUCAGGGGACGUUCUUCUGUGGUGGGUCUCUAAUCACUGCCAAGUGGGUUCUUACAGCGGCGCAUUGUGUUACAAGUGGAUAUCAAGUAGUGCAUCCGUCACUGAUGGUAGUGCUAGCUGGAACAGUUUACUUGACCAGCGGUGGCGUACUUCGCACGGUUCGCAGGAUUAUCCCUCACGAGGGGUACGGAAACCAUCAAAACGAUAUAGCAGUCAUGGAAUUGCAGCAAGCAUACCAAAUGGGUAGUUCAAUUUCUACGAUUGCCCUGCGGAGGACGGAGGUUCCCACUGGCAGCAAUGUAAUAAUAUCCGGCUGGGGUCGACUGUACACCGGCGGACCAAAUCCAAUCGUACUGCAGUACAACUGGGCAACAACCUUGCCGAAGUUUGCCUGUGCUCGGGAAACCGGAAUUAUCUUUGGAAUACUUUGUUUGACAUCUUCUGUCAAUAAUGGUGCUUGCAAUGGCGACUCUGGUGGUCCAGCGGUUUACAACAAUCAGCUGGUGGGUGUGGCUAGCUUUAGGUCAACUCAGGGAUGUGGAUCAUUAAGUCCGGAUGGUUACGCCCAGGUUUCUGAUUAUGUUCAAUGGAUUGAAUCGAGAAUCAAUUAAAUUGAGAAUGAAAGCUGCAUGAAAAAAAAAAAACAGCUGUAGAAGACGAGCGAAGGAAUGUGAUAAGUUAUUACAUAUACACUGUAGUGCAUAAUUGAUCGGACAAAUCGCCUCCUUAAUGCUAGAACUAGGUUACUCGUUUUGGAAAGUGCGGGUAAAAAUGACUGGUAAAAAUUAUUAAAGCAUACAGAGUACAGAAAAAAUACAGAUUUUUUGACCUUGAUACAGAUUUUUCCUCCACAUAUUUUUUUUCUCAUACAUUCAUGCUAGAUGGAGAAUAAAGUACUAUAA